AGCGAGUAGGUUUUAUUGGAAAUCAUACUUCAACAUGCUGCUUGCAUUUACGAUAUAAAUAUUGUGCAAGUAAGAAACAUAGAACUCGUGAUAGUGUUGGAUAUUUAUAUACAUCUAUACAUGAGGCAGGAUCCAAACCCGACACACACACAGGGAAGAUGACUGACUCAGCUGAAUUUGUCAAGAUGGCCGGCAAGAAGAAUGUGGACCCCGACCUUGACCUUGAGAACCUUGAUGACCUUCUGGCACAACUCACUGCCGCUGAGAUUGAUGAACUCAAUGGUGAUUUCGACCCUGAUAACUCGUUCCUGCCACCGUCUGAGCGCAUGAAACCACAGACAACCAAGGACCCCACAGGGCCAUUCAGCCGCAAGAAACUCCUUGCAUUUCUAGAGAAGAAAGCAAAGGAAGAGAAGGACUGGGACAUCACUCAGUACAUCAAGAAAGCUCCAGUGGACUCAGCAGGGAGCCCGGCUGUUACAGUGAACCCCUGGAAGCCCAAGGAGGUGCCCAAGACCCAGGCAGAGAGGGACAUGGACACGGAGUGGGACGAGAUACUCCAGCAGGCAACUGAGGAUGAGCUUGUGGACCUUGCAGCUGUGCUGGGAUUCCACGGUAUGCUGAACCAGACUCAGUUCUACGCCUCAGAAAACAACGAGAGGCUCGAGGGGGGAGGCUUCUCAGGUGUUGCUAAGUCAGAGCCAUUGAAGGCAGCUCCCAUAGCUCCACCAAACACCACAGAUGUGGAGGACAGCAUCAAGCGUAUCAACAGUAAUGACUCCACUCUGAAACACCUCAACCUCAAUAACAUCAAGAACAUUUCGUUUGAGCGUCUCGAGGCAGUAUGUGAUGGGCUGAAGUCCAACACACAACUGGAGGUCCUAGAGAUGGCCAGUGUUGCCAUGACCGAUAGAGUUGCCAAGCGGCUGGCUGAGGCCCUGAAGGUUAACAAGUCCCUGCAGUCACUAAACAUCGAGUCCAACUUUGUCACUGGGGACAUCAUUGUGGAAAUACUCAAGUCUAUAAAUGUACACAAGACUGUCACAGAGUUUCGAGCUGCCAACCAAAAGCCCGAGGCGCUAGGCAACAAGGUGGAGACCAAGAUCAUCCGAUUGGUGCAGGAGAAUGACAAGCUCAUGAAGUUGGGGCUGGCCUUUGAGUUCUCUGAAACAAGGGUCAAGGUCACUGAGAAACUGCAGGACAACUACGACCAAUUUCGUAAAAAGAGAGUUGCAGAUAAAGGUCAAGCUUAGAGAGGUUCUCUCCAACAUAGACACUUUGACCAUUAUAAGGAAUGGCUACAUUUUACCAGGUUUUACUUGCGACAUACUACAUCCCUCCUGUAUCCUGCCAUAUCUGUGUAUCUACUGCCAUGUGUGUGUAUUGACUGCCGCGCGUGUGUGUGAUGGAAGGGUUAGAUCUGACCACUACUUUGACUGCACAUGCAUUAUAGGCCAUAUGGACAUACCCACAGGCCAAUUCUUAGAUAUGUUUAACCCUUCACCACUUAGAUACACAUUUUGACGGUAUCACACGCUUGAAGUCUCUAAGAAAAUCAAAUUAAAUUGCAGACCUGUCCUUAUAGAUUUUACAGGGCUUCAUUUAAUUUCAAACCCUAAGAUACUACUGAGCAGCAACCAUCAUAAAACCAGUAAAGGCUGCAAGGUACUCGAGUUUCUUUCAGGCUGUACUGGUUUUAUGCUGGUGGUAAAGGCUGCAAGGUACUCGAGUUUCUUUCAGGCUGUACAGGUUUUAUGCUGGUGGCAUAAAGCCAUUUUCAAUUUGUUUUUGAGCAAGAAAGGGAUAAUCAGGCUUCAAAUUUCUAAAAACCAUAAAAUUGGUUGGUCAAAUGCAAGUUAAAUUGAAUUUAUUUUGUUCAAAUAUUGUUUAAAUUUACUGCAUUAAGAGACGCUUCUUAUUUUGCUACGAUUUUGAGCCUACAACACUUCUUGAUUAAAAUUACGACUUGAUUUGGAGUUUAUGAAUACACUGACUUGCUUUUAGCUAUGGCUUUUGUUUGUUUUUAUAAUGAUUCAUACGCAUGAAAUGGGACAUGAUUUUUGGUUCCAAAUAGAAGAUGUGUUUUUUAUACAGAUUAAUGUUGAUAUGUAUUCAACAAAACUAUUCCAAUUUUUUAAUGUUACUUCUAGAUUUGUUACUAGUUUACUUUUUUUAAAGAGCUUUGCCUACAUUUAUUAUAACAUACAGUUCUGAACAGUUGUAAUACAAUCUUAUAAGACAGAAAUUUGAGAUUUCAAACAAAUCAGUAUGUUAUUAAUUUUACAGAUAUUACUUGCUUUUUUAAUUAAAGGUUUCUUUAAGUUACAAUCUUGAUUGAAUUAUUUUAAUUGCAAUCAUAGAAUAUCUGAUUUUUAAAAAAGGUUUUGUAUACUUGUUAAAAUGUUAGCCUAUUUUGUUGAUGUAAAGCUUUUUAGAAAUGCUUAGUAAUAUUCAUGUCAAAUAUUUUAGCAAAAUCAUGUAUUCUUCAUGGUUGAUUCUACAGACGCGGCAUAUGCUAUGUAUUCAAUUGAUAGACAUAUAUAAUUUUAUGAAUUCAUAACUAUACAUAUUCUGUGAUUUGUAGUGCAAAUAGAAGAAUAGUUCAUGAAGUUCUGUACAUGUAUUGUGUGUUAUACAGUUUCACUAUAUCGGUUAGUAUUUUGUACAUAUAUUUAUUUAUCCAUUCUCAUAGCGCUUUUGGGAAUGCAUUUGUAUUAUGUACAUAGCCUUAGUCAGUUGUCCAUGUAUUGUUCAGGUUUUUUAGUCAGUGUACUCUUGCCGUGAAUCAUCUAGAUAUAUGUAGGCAUUUAGACUUGGCUUAUAUCACUUUUUGGAUGUUUUCUGUACCCAUCAAAAUGAAAUACACCUUUAAACAAUACCUUAUCCCCAGUUUUAUCAAUCAAUACCUUUUAUGUAACAAUAUUGUAUAGGCCUGAGAGUUCGAUGUUGCUGUCACUCACUGUGAGGCAGCUGGUGAAUAUAGAAGUGCAAAAGGCAAUCUUAUAAAAUUUGAAUGCACAACAAUUAACGAUUCCAAUAAAAGGAAAAAAACACAUUGUUACCAACAAAUAAUGCAGGUUAUAAGAAAUAAAUAAUUUUUUUACAAUACUGAGAAUUACUACUAUUUUUAAUAUUUAUACAUAUUGUUUUUAGUUGAUCAUUUACGAUCUGUAUCUAACUGUACAGUUUAGGAGAUAUGUUUUGAUAAAAAAAAAAUAGCUACAGUAAUUAUGGUAAAAUAAUACACACUGGGUCAUCAGUGUUUCUUCAAUCAGAGUCCAUACUUCAUUUGGGAAUGUUCUCACAUAUAUACAUAGUCAAUGGGACUGUUAAUUUCCAUUACCAAUCAUGUACCAAAUAUUGUAAUUUUGUCUGUAUCUACAGGACUACACAUAGCCAGUAGAGAGACAUUGCUUUACGCAGCCCAAUUUGUGUGUUUGAUGUGUAACCCCUGAUUUGGAUGUGCAAAUUGCUUGCUUUUCAACUUGGCAAUAUUUAUUAAUUUAUGUUUUGAAUAAUGUGUACAAAAGCUUGAAUAUUUAAGUUCCAAGCGAAUUUUACAAUAGGUUUGUUUGACUU